AUGCCGGGCCGCACUGGUGCUUCGAAAGUAUCGAAGAAAAGUUCGUCCUCUUCUGGCGACGGUAUCUCGCCCGAACCUUCUACUCAGGCCCCUGUGCAGAGCACUGGAAGUGCACCCCAAUACAAUCUUUCGAACACGACUCAAAUCGAACACUCCGUUAUCAAGUUUUUGGAGAUGUUGAAGCGUCUGGAGGAACUAUCACCAACUUUGGACACGUACCAGGAGUUAUUGAAAGACACGAACAAGCUCGAUAUUCAAGUGAUCCCACCUCUCUCCAGAUACAUGCUAAAGUUUGCCGCAGAGUUGAAAACACUGCAACUGUUAGGGAAGACGCCCAACUUUGAAGAGAUCAAAAACUACGAGUCUCAAUUCAAACCGUUCGACCCUGAACCAAUAUUUUCCGAGAUUUCCAAAUCAGAUAUCAAGAAGAUUAAACAGGUGAGCAAGAAAUGCAAGUCUAACGUGGAAGACAAUAAAGAUAUGGGCACCGAAAACAAGAGGAAGGCAGGUACUGCUGGAUCUUGGCCUCCACCGUUACCAGAAAUUAAGAACCCGGCGAUCAGAGCGCGUGUGUUUCUUCACAAGUCCGUUAUUAAGGACAAAGUGUUUCUGGACGAACAGCAUAAGAUAGAGUCGCACAACGAAAGAUUGGAGUUUUUAGGAGACUCGGUGAUGAACUUCGUCGUCACUAAGAUUAUUUACAAGAGAUUCCCAAGUUACGACGAUGGACAACUGACCAUUCUACGUCAGAAAUUGAUCAACAACAACCAAAUCAGAGAGUUUUCCGAACUUUACGGGCUCAGCAACAUGUUGAGGUCGAACAUCAAUCUUUUCGGCAAGUUCUCUGACUACCAGACGGGGAAAAAGAAAGUGGAAGCUGACGUAUUCGAGUCGUACAUCGGUGGACUCGUUGAAGAUGACCCUGAAAACCAUCUGGAAACAGUAUAUCGCUGGUUGGAUGUUCUGAUGGGCCCGACCAUCGAGAGAGUCACGAAACGACAGAUCAGUUUGCAGGAGAAUGACUCGACGAAUUUUGACGCAAAGAGAGAGCUGUACUCUCUUAUUGGGUACGCCGCUCUCGGGUUGAAGUACAAAACCGUUAGGCACGCUACACCAACAGACUCAACUGUCACUGUGCAGUGUGUUGUUGGAGAUGGGACAGUCCUCGGCGCGGGGACGGGUAAAAACAUCAAAGUUGCAGGUGCUCGUGCUGCGGAGAACGUGCUUCAGAACAAAGAACUUGUUGAGAAAUACGCCAACCUGCGCGCUGCUAUCCCAAGAGAUCAGUCAGCGGUGAAGAACACUGAACACCCAGCAAAACGCACUCAGGACAAGCAACAAUUAGAUGAUGCAUCUGGUAAGAAGGGUAAAAUCAGUGUGGAUUCGAAUGGUCAGUUUAUAAUGUCGUAG